GAAGUGAUUUGCGAUGGCGGCCACAGAAGUGGCUAGCUGGUGUAUGGAGGAGGUGAGACUCCUGUUGUCCCAGUACGGAAGCCGGGAGACGCAGACCAAGCUCAAAGGGACGUACCGCAACCAUGAGAUCUACCAGGACAUCUCUGCCGGCCUGGCGCUGCGCGGGUACAGCAAGACGGCCAGCCAGUGUCGCAUGAAGGUCAAGAACAUGAAAUGCCGGUACAGGAAAGCGAAGGAACACAACGACAAGGGCGGGAGUCAGGACCGAGUGUUCUGUCCUUUCUUCAAGGAGCUAGACGCCAUCCACGGAAACCGCCCGAGACCUCUGGAGGAAGAAGACGUGACCUUGGCGAGCCAAGGAGGCACAGGCUUGGCAACGGUGACCUUGAAGGUGAGAAACGACCUUGACCCAGCGUUCCAGCCAUACCGGGCUUCCAUGUCCGUCCCACCCCGCAGCUCUGUCUACACUCUGCUGCUGCAGGCCUCAGCUGACGACCCAGACUUCACAUUCCAGGCAGAGUAUUAUGGGUAUCUGUCGUCUCACAUGAUCACUUCCAUCAACGGAGUGAAGGUGAGCGAGGCAGAAAGGACCUUCUGGCGCUUCGAGAACAAGAAGAAAGUCAAGUUUGACCGCGGGGUGGACCUGAUUGGUGUGUUUGAUGGUGAUGUCAUCAUGUUCCGCUUUAAACACUACGACCCGACCAGCCCAGACGACCCCGCAUCUGACUGUGACGACUAG